GUUAUGUGGAUACUGGUUCACCAACUGUGGCGUCCAGCAGGUCAUGGAAGUCCAUGGAGAUGGAGAUUCAAUCAUUGCUUGAGAAGCUACUAGAUAUAAAUGAUGCUAUGAGUCGAUGUGCUGCAUCUUCUGCACCUACUACCUCAGUUACCCAAAAACUGGCAAGGCAUAGGGACAUACUUCAUGAGUUUACCCAGGAAUUUAGACGAAUCAAAGGGAACAUAAACUCAUUGAGGGAACAUGCAGAGCUUCUCAGUUCUGUGAGAGAUGACAUCAGUGAAUACAAGGCAUCUGGAAGUAUGUCUCCAAGAGUGCAGUUACUACGGGAAAGAGCUGCCAUACAUGGAAGCAUAGCUCAUAUAGAUGAUGUGAUUAGUCAAGCUCAAACCACAAGGGCAACUUUGGGCUCUCAAAGGGCUUUGUUUGGUGAUGUUCAAGGAAAAGUGAAACAAUUAGGCGACAAAUUCCCUAUUAUUCGUGGCCUAAUUGGUUCAAUCAAAAGGAAGCGAUCGAGAGACACACUUAUCCUAUCAGCAGUCAUCGCAGGUUGUACAUUGUUUCUCAUUAUCUAUUGGCUUUCAAAGUAA